ACACGCUUCAGCAACAGCAGCAGCAGUCACCGCAACUACUAGUCUGUUGGCAGUCAGUCAGUUAUUUUACUCCGAGUUGAUCGGCGAAUUUUCGAGUGCGAAAAAUUCGAUUUUUCACAGCGGACUUUUGUUUAUUUAUGUGCAAGUGAAUUUUUCUUGACGUAAUUUUUUAUUUUCCUUUGCUGAAAAUCAUUGUGACCUAUACAAAAAUCUCUACGUUUGUGCUUCGCGAAUUGUUACUACUUAACUUUGGUGAACCGCCAGGCAAAGAACAAAGACAGUUACCACAAAAAAAAUUUGGCAAAAAACCAGUGGCAAGCAACCGCACGCACAGAAGCGAAGCGAAAAUAAGAACUAAACAAUUUUUAAAAGCUAAGAGAUACAAAUUAAUAAACUAAAAAAUUAUCAAUAAAGCAAGCGACAUAAUAAUUAGCAACAACUAAAGCAAACAUGGGCCAAGUUUUCGGCAAUCCGAACAAUGUUCACGGCGAAUAUCCGGCGACCACAAGCAAAUAUAUUGGUAUUAAGUGUCCAGUAUGUAACAAAUUUGUGUUGCCCGACGAUAUUGAAUGCCAUUUAGUUAUGUGCCUCACAAAGCCGCGACUGUCAUACAAUGAGGAUGUUUUAUCCGAUGCCAAGGGCGAAUGCGUAAUUUGCUUAGAAGAUUUGAAUCCCGGUGAUAUUAUAGCGCGAUUGCCGUGCUUGUGUAUUUAUCAUAAAGGCUGCAUCGAUCGAUGGUUCGAGGUGAAUCGAUCUUGCCCCGAGCAUCCCGGCGACUAGUUAAACCUAACUAAUUUUAGAGAGGGUAAUGAAACGGAAUCAUAACUAAUCAAUGUAUUGAGUAAUAAUGAACCUAGUGAUAUAAUCUAUAUUCAGAAAAUAUUAAAAUAGAAAUUAGUUGUAAAUUCUUUUUUAUACUGUGACGUAAAAUUAGGUGAACAUAAUAAUACAUAAUAUAUAAACUUUAAAUGAAAAAAACCCAAAAAAAAAACAAUGAGAACUUAAGGCAGAAAAACGAAAAAUUUAACAAAAGAAAUAUAAAACAAAAAAUAAACCAUUGUAAUAAAUGCAAACAUAAAAAGCAUAAAGCAUUAAUUGUAUGUUUGUAAUUUCUGUGUGUCUUAUCGUUUAUGAAUAUAUAUAUAUAUGCAAUAGUUUUGUUGUGAUUUAAAUUGUAUUUUACAUACAAAUAUAUUAUGUGAAGUCGAGAUAUGUUAAGGGCAUGCGCAAACAUACAUAAAUAAUUAACAGUAGAGAUGAUACCAACGCAGCAACAACUCAACUUAAUUCAAAUCAACUCAACUCAACUCUAAAAGCUUAAACAGACGGCAGUUAAUUCCCGAGUUGAUCCGGAUCAAUGCUGCCGUCUGUUUAUGCUUUUAUGCAGCCUAGUACGCAACAGGAUAACUGUAGAAUCAUGUUUUGUUCCACAAAACUUAACAAAACGAACACCAACAACAGCAACAACAAUAGCAACGAUUAAGUAUGAUUGACAGUAAGGAUGGAGGCGCUUAUAAACAACAGACUACAAAGAUUACAAAAAAAAAAAGGUGCUGCGCACUGCAGCCCAGUGUGCGUUAAUUAUUUCAUUGUGAUUGUCUAUAUUAAGUUUUUUGUAUGUGAUUCUUGCUCAUUUCACGUUAAUUGUUUUCGAUUUGGCUUAAAUUGUACACAAAAUACUUGCAUACAUACACGCAAACAAAAACAAACCACAAACUGUACACUCAAACAAAAAGAAAAUAAUUUUUAGAAUAGGAAAUGUUGUGAAUUGAGAUAUAAGAAACGUUUUUGUUAAGCCAAUAACUCCCCGCCGCAAUGAGAAAUUACAUACAAACACUCAUAAGAAAUACAGAAAUUUAAAUGCGCAUACAUAUAUGUACAUAUAAAGUUUAAAAAGAUGGUAUGUAUGUAUGUACGCGUGUGAGUCAAGUGAAGAUGCUGGAUGUCUGCACGUCAAAUAGAAGGGGUGGUGAGGUGGUGACGGCGCUGAAAGAGUAGUGAGUUAGGACGAUGAGCCGAGACGUUAGUUAAAAGUACACUUUACUCAAAUGUCAAUAUCAUUUCGUAAAUAAAGAAUUAAAUAAUAAUAAUUAAAUAAAUAAAUAAGUAAUAAAAACUAAAAUCAACAAUGAAAAAGUAAGAAAAUACGCGUAUAAUUCUAUUGAUGAGGGUUAAAUAAAGUUUAACUGGUACAUAUAAACUAUAUUUACAUAUAUACAUACAUACAUACUUAGCUAUGUAAUUUAAGUUUACGCUCGAAAGAAAGGUCAUAAAAUGUCCACAAUUUAAACAAACAGCAGAAAAGUAUAUUCAAUUAAACUGAACAUAAAAACAAUAAAUAAAACUAAAUGCAACACACAAAUAGAAAUCACAAAAAUAGGCAACCUACAUAAAUGAUUAACAGAGAAGCAGUAGCGAAGUUAUCAUUCGAACAAGAUAUUACUGCGCAUUUCACUGUAGUUGCAUAUACAUACAUAUAAACACUUAAUGCAUGGUAGAAAAGAAUCAAAAACAAAAACAAAUAGAGUAAGAAAAAUUAAUACAAGAAGGAAGUUAGAAAAUGAGAGGAUGUACGAAACAAACGUGAAUAUCUUGUCAAGCAUAUACCAAAUCAUUAUUAAGCGUAGCAGUUAAAAUUGUACAUACCACAUACAUACAUACAUACAUAGCAUAGCAGCAUUCAUACACUAAAAUGCAUAUUUAUAAAUGGCAGUGCAAGCAGAAGCGAAUCAUAAGGAUGCAUUCCAAAACGUCCAAAUACAAGGCAGCAUCAGUCUUUUUUACUUCUAAACCUCGGUAGAUUUUCAUGCCAAACGUGUGCAACCACGAUUAGAUGAAAGUUUUCAAAAAGGUUGCAGAAGUUAGACUUUUUCUUUUAGUGCAGUUUAGAAAUAAAAGAGACUCAUUCUUUGUAUUUUGAUUUUGAUUUUGGUAUGCAUCCAAAAUUAUAAUAAUAUGAAAAUGCAGUAAACAACAAACAAUUUUUGGUGAACAAAAUCGAAUUGCAUUAAAUUCGAAAACAGAAGAAAACGAAUGCAUAAUUGUAACAAUCUUUAUGUGCUUGUACGUUACUGUAUGUGAAAUGUAUUGUAUUUGUAUUUGUUUUUUACCAAUCAGAACUGUUGCUAAAUAACUUUACAAGUAAAAUUAGUAAAA